AUGGCGUCUUCAGAGCCCGACUCUGGCUUUUCUCUGCUCCCCAGUUCCCCCAGUUCUCCCACCUGCAGUCCGACCAGAUCUCGCAGCCGUUCCGCGACCCCGGUUCCUCGCCUCAGCGAGGAGGUCAUCGCGAGUCUUAGUCGAAACCCCUCAUCCGCAGGACCUUGUGAAGGUAAUGGCCAUGUUGACAGUGGCAAUGCCCGGUAUAGCCUUCGUGUAUCAAAGCUUGGAACGAAUCUGACUAUGUACGCGCCUGACAGUCCGAUUGAUGAUCCUGCAUCAAGCAAGACAGAGGACGAUUCAGGUAUUGGAUGGGACAGGAAGAUCGAAGACCACCUACUCUAUGCUUGGAGACUGCUGGAGGACAUCGAGUCCAGGAUAAAGCAGAAUGAGGAACGCGUAACCCAGAGCGUGCUCCAGCUCUCUCUAACCCGCCAGAUGAUCCAGAACGUGGAGCAUUUCAAGAACUACGGAAAAUGCCUGAAUCAUCCAGACGAGGCAUGUAUGAGGAUGCUGUUCCAGAAUAUGCCGUGUGGGCCUGAGUUCGUGUUUGAGUAUUUUCGUGUGGUCGGCGCCACGGAAAGAGCUUCGUCUGUGCCAAAAUGCCCAGAUGAGACCUGUGCGAAUCUUGGCCCUGGAGAUUCGCCUGUCCUGGCACCUCGCAGUGUUUCUCACGAGGCGGCUGCUGGUCACCCUACGCUAUGCGCUGGCUCAGAAGUGGACGAUGAGCAGGAAGCUGAACAUUUCAGCCCUCUGGCUGUAUGCAGGCCAAAUAAGCCCCCACUCAGAGCUCUUUUAGCCCUCGCAGCAUCCCCUUCUACUUCUCCUUCUGCGGGCCCUGCCGGCUCUCAGGGUGCAGGUCCCUUGGGGCCAGUACGUCCUAUCCCCUGUCUUGGUUGUGCCAAGAGCCUGGCCAGUGACCAGUCCGACGGAGCAUGCCACGAUAUGAAAGAUGCGGCGUCUUCUGCCUGCUGUGCUCGAUGCUCGAACGGCAACGAGUGUGAGUGUGUGCCUGUCCCUGGCUACCUGAUGCCUUUCAUGAGGAAGAUGUACGCGGCCAAAUCGGUGCUUGCUUCGUCUCCUGCGCAGACCGGCGCCGAGUGGUCUCUUCUCAAACGCAAGCGCUCAAGCGCACCGGUGCAGCAGGCAGCCUCUCCCCUCGGCGGGUUGCGGCUCCACACUCCGAUCAAGCAUGCUGUCUGGGCCUGGGAGGCCGCCCUGGAGCACUACGAGAAGGGUGCCUUUACGGAUCUCGACCGCCGCGUUCAGGACCUGGAGCGCACUCUUGAGCAUGUGACGCAGCAGCGGGAUACACUUGUGAUCCGGAGAGAGAUAGACCAGAUCCGUGUCGCUGAAGCCCGAGAGGCUCGUGCGACCGACUCUUACUAUGUCUGGCGGGAGAAGCACGAGGAAGCCAGGGCUGGGAAGCGUAGUAUCGUGCUUACUAAUCUGGAUAGUCUCUGUGUUGGACAUGGCACUGGUAGACUCGGUAGACUUCUGGGCCUUCUCAAACCUCCGCAGGCAGACGCAGAGGCAGUGGAGAGCUGGCAGCUCAAGACCAGCGGCUACUCCGCAGACGGAACGAAAUCGUACUCCGUAAUGGUAGCGCACUUCAUGCGCACGCCAGGUGGUCGAUACCCAGGUGUUUCUAACGCUUGA